AUGUCUCCAUCAGCCUAUCCUGGCCUUGCGGUUGCCAGUUGGAUGGAUCAAGCGGGGCUAGUGGGAACCGUCGUUGGAGCCGCCACGAGCUUGUUGAAAGGACGCCAUGUUUCCCAUGCGGGCUUCGUCUGGCGACUCGAUACAACAUACAGCCACACAUCUUGGGCCAUGGCAUGCCUUGUGUUGGGCCGUUUCGCUCCCGCAUGUGAAGUUCGUUCUAGCGGCCAGGCGGACUCAUUUCCACCUGAUUCUUGUGCUGCGAAAAUAUCUCCUCCCUGUCGAUCGGAGGUAGCACAAAAUCUACAUCCCCCCUCCCUCAGACGACCGCUGACAUCUGGCGGCCAUUAUGCCCUCACUGGGUUGACGGGUUUUACAGCCUCCCCACCAUUUGCACCAGCGUGGUGUAUCAUGCAGAGGUGCUCUGGAUGA